AUGAUCAGACCUCAGAGCCUUUUGCAGCUGGUGCAAGGCACGAACAUAGCACGAUUGCCCUUGCAGAGCCAGCCUAUCGUCCUGAUUCAUCCGACCCAGCCUAGUAAUGGUCAAAGCCUUGAGCGACAGCUGCAAGGCGUCUGUGUCUGGCGGGCUGGGGGAAGAAAUGACUUGUUGAAGCCAGCCGCAGGGGGAGCCAUCAGAAACGCUCUCGUCAGUGGAGGGGAUGUACCUCUCCCAGAAGAGAGAUAUGAUCUGAUUGUCAAAGGCAUUGGCGCCGUUGGGCUGGAAGACGAUACGGGUAUCGGCAGUCUGUUUGACAGACGUCUCGGCCAUUCUUUGCCGCCAGUCUCUGACGUAUCCCUCACACUUCCUUCCAGUAUUGGUGCAGCGGGCGCAACAUGGGGUCUUGAGAUCGCACUAGGGUACUCUUCUUUUCAGCGCGUUGGAUCUCGGGGGACAGAAAGUCAAAGGAGGUUGGGAAUUGGGAAUUAG